UUCGAUAUCGAUUUUGCCACUCGUUCGUUCAUUGUAGGCAUGAAUGAAUGGACAAACUGCGUCCAGACGCCGCGCUCAUACUCACACGUGACAGUGUCCGUCCGUUGCACCUCUUUGACAGCUAAUCAAACCACCCUCCCUCGUGCAGACAGACCGUUGAAUCGCUCACUUCACUGGCACUCACCCAGUGACUGACAUGUGACAGCCGGACUACGACACGAACAACGCAUCCUGCUCUCUCCUCUGCCCUCACCACAGGUCCAUCACAACUACUCGUCUGCCGGUCUGCCCUUCUUGUUGACCUUGACCAACUCGACCUCGAACAGAAGUGGCUCAUUGAUGUGCACCGCCAGCUUCCGCUUGCCGCUGAAGGUGUCUGGCUCUGGCCGCUGGUUGGACGUGUUGAAUCCCAGCUCAGGUGGAACCAGGAUCUUGCGCAGUGACCCCACCCUCAUGCCAGACAUGGCGUCCUCCACCGCCAACGGAAUCUGCACCCAUUUAGUCGGUAAGGUAAGGCAAGGUAUGGUGUUGUUUGUUCGCCGGCCUUGUGAGCACCGUUGUGUUGUGUCACCUUUUUAUCCGGAUCUCCGUAUUUGAUAGCGUAAGUGUCGAGUCUGUCCUGUUUGAACUCGCGACCAUAACCUGCAGAACAACACAACACACACGCACUGGGCGCACUCACACGAGGCCCUGCCUGCCUCUCUUCUUCCCGUGCUCACCCACCCACCCACCCAGGCUGAACACAUAGUCGCCAUUCCCCUUGUAGACCUGGUACUUAACCUUGCAGGUAUCACCCUUCUCACACAGCGGCGCAUCAGACGGCCCCUUCACAGGCUCUCUGUACCUGACGCCCUUGGAGCUCCUCAGCAGCGGCCCUUUGGCAGCUUCCUCUGCCUCUCUCUUCCUCUCGCCUAUCUCCCUGGCCUCUUCUAUCGACAGCGGAGGGCUCUUGGCCACGGCUGCAAGCGGCAGCAGAGAGGCCGUCAGUGCAACAGCCGCUGAUGAGAGGUGGCUCCGUCUUGUGGAGGCGGCUGACAUAGAGGUAGAUGGCAGUGUUGCUGCAGGCCGCCUACGGUGCGGUGGAUGGGGAGAUCUGCGGUGCAGGUGGGAGAUGCUGAAGGCAUGAAUGUCGAUGACCAAGAUGAAGAUGACGUUGAAGGCGAGGAGGAAGAUCCAGAAUCUCUUCAUGAUACCAAACGCAGGAUUCUCCGCUGGCGGCCAUCAGCGCG